AUGGUUAGAAUUUGCUUGAACGUUCUAGUGGGUAUCCCCGCAUCGGGAAAAACUACUUAUUGUCAGCAAGUGGUGGCUCUACCUGAUCGGAAAUUCCGAGUUGUACACGUUUGUUACGAUUCGUUCAUUCAAAUAGAUGUUAGCUACGAUAAAUUUCGCGAUGAAGCUGGGUUGUAUAAAACGCGUAGGCGCACAUUGCUGUCCCAUAUCGAAGCAAUUGUAAUUGCACUUCAAGAGAACGAUUCUUGCAAAAUCGAAGAGCUAUUAUCAGAUUGGAAGCGUGAAUUCCAACAACCGCUGAAUAUUCCCCGUGAGCUGGAGUCAUCUGACACUGUGUUUCUGAUCGAUGAUAACAACUACUACAGAAGUAUGCGAAUCGAAUGGCUGAAGAUGGCGAGAAAAUAUGCACUCGGAUUCUUUGAAACGUACUUUAGUAUCCCACUUUCGCUUGCCGAGCACCGUAAUCGCCAUCGUGGGAGUUUGAUCAACCAGGAUGUAAUUAAUCGAAUGUACACUCGCUUGGAAAAACCUUGUGGAAAGCUCUACCGUUGGGAGCAAAACUUUAUUUCGAUCGUGAACACUGUCGAUCUGGACAUCAUUGUGGAGAAAAUUCAUCAUUGCUUCGAUAAUCCUCAGCAUGCCGUGGCUGCCGAACUGAAGCUUGGUCCGAUGGCACAAUCCAAGGUUCAUCUGCUGGAUAACAUGCUUAGGAAGGCAGUAUCAAGCAAAGUGGCCGAAUCGAAAGAUUGCGGAAUGUCGAGAGAAGAGCUGCAGUGUUAUGCGACCAUGUUGCAGAAAAGGAAAAAGUCUAUUUUGGAGCAGAUUCGAUCUAAUGGACAAGAUGUUCCUGACGAAUUACUGCCAAAGCUCGUAAAAGAGUUGUUAUAGUAAGCAGUGCUGUUUAGUUUUAAAAUUUGAAACGAAAUAAACUGUAUC